UGUCGAGUGUCGGCAAGUAAUCCAUGAUUUAUUGGACGAUAACCUUACUGUCCAACAGGAAUGGCUGUUAACAAUGGUGGAUUCUUCGGCCACUUUGGGCACCGGUAUCUUAAAGGGAACGACAUAUUUUUUCGGAGACUAUGAUGAGUGUCUGGGUAUUGAUUUACACACAAAUGGAAACGGUAUUCACAUAUUUGGUCAGUAUUGCACGUUAGAGAUACCCAUCCGACAUAUUAUCGGAAAUGUGCAUUUCAAAGUAAGGGAUGAUUUGAAUGGUAUGAACGCAUCGAUCGAAUUU